AUGUCAUCAUCUCAUCGACGUGGGCCUUGGUCGCCAGCUGAAGAUUCCUACUUGGUACAACUUGUUCACACACAAGGAGCAUUGAACUGGGUGAGAAUAGCACAACUCAUCGGUUCAAGAUCACCAAAGCAAUGUCGAGAACGUUACCACCAAAAUCUCAAACCAACAUUAAACCAUGAUCCAAUCAGUCCCGAAGAAGGACUUCAAAUUGAAAGAUUAGUAGGAGAGAUGGGUAAGAGAUGGGCUGAGAUCGCACGUAGACUUCAAGGUCGAAGCGAUAACGCCGUCAAGAACUGGUGGAAUGGAAGCAUGAACCGUAGACGUCGUUUGGUUCUUCGUAGAAGAACUUCUUCCCAUUCACACUCUUUCAACGAGCAAUCCGAAACACUUUCCUUUGCACGACCAGCUCAUUCUUAUUCUCACCUCACCUCCCGACAGAUCGAUACCUUUUCAUCACGAAGAAUCCACGGUUCCCUUCCAUCUCCCUCAGUAUCCGAAGCAUCAAGAGCAGAAUCACUCGAUGGUGCUCCUUCCUUGAUCUCAGACACUGGAUCCAACUUUUCCAUCUCUCCUAGAGUAGCAUCCUCCCCUUCACUCGAGCUUCCACCUCUCUCAUUCAAUCGUCUCGAUGCACGAAGACCAUCUCUUCCCCAACUAGGAUUCAGAUCCAACACUUGCCCUUACGCAACAGAAUUCGAAGCACAAUCUUCAUGUCAUCCUUCGCCAGAAAGAGAAUCGUACUAUACGCAUAUGCAUUCCAAGUCGAUAAAAUCUCCUCAGCACAACAGAGGUCCAAGCGUUGCGAAUACAUCCGUGAAUUAUCCACACCGUCGCCCAGAACAACAAUACCCUUGCUCCCUACCUCUCUCUCCACCUCGCGAACCACAUCAUCAAAAUGAAUAUUAUAUCUCGGAGCGUGCACAACAAGAAACCCCAAGGUCAGCGGCGCAGCCAUUAACUGCGCCGCCUAGCCCACAACACAUUCAAUUAGCUCCAAUCCGAUCGAUUAGCCCUUUGAACACUUGUUCAGUAGAGGCAAAGGAGAGAGACGCGAGGAUGCAACUCACGAGUCUCUUACUGUAA